AUUGGCUGCUUUGGGUCUUCGUUGCUGUGCGCGGGCUUUCUCUAGUUGCGGCGAUUGGGGGCUACUCUUUGUUGUGGUGCAUGGGCUUCUCAUUGCAGUGGCUUCUCUUGUUGUGGAGCACGGUCUCUAGGUGUGCGGGCUUCAGUAGUUGUGGCUCGCGCACUCUAGAGUGCAGGCUCAGUAGUUGUGGCGCCCGGACUCAGUUGCUCCACGGCAUGUGGGAUCUUCCUGGGCCACGGCUCGAACCGGGGUCCCCUGCAUUGGCAGGCGGAUUCUUAACCACUGCACCACCAGGGAAGUCCCUAAAUCUGUGCUUUAUUCAUUAUGUUUUUUUCAAGAAACAUCACAAGACAAGACAUCACAAGCUUACCAAGAGCUAACAGUUCAGUUGGGCAUUUCAAGUUUACUUGGUGAAAUUGGGAAAGGUUUUCAAAUACAGUACCUAAGCCAAAAUACUCUUGGGGGUAUGGGAAUUCCAGGGAGCUUGGAAACACACUUACUGAGUGACCUUGUCAGACUGGCUAUGUGAAGAGGAAAAAUCUGUGAUUCCCCCAUUGUCUGACUUGAUUUCCUUUUUUCCUUUGCCUGAGCCAAUGAGAUGAUAUGCUGUGAGUCACCAGAGUCAGGAGUAUGAGCUACUCCAGAAAUGACAAUGCCAAGGAGAAGCAUGUGGGAUCUUAGUUUCCUGACCAGGAAUCGAACCCGCAUCCCCUGCAGUGGAAGUGCAGAGUCUUAACCACUGGACCACCAGCGAAGUCCCACCUAUCCAUUUCUUUUAAAAAAAAAAAAAAGGUAAGGCAAGUAGUGAGAGCAGCAAGAACCACACCCCGCAACGAUGUCAGCGGAACUGGAGACCUCAGAGGGGGUGGAUGAGCCAGAGAAAAAGAGCUCUGGGGCCCCAGAAAAAGAAAACCACACCAGGAUGGCGGACCUCUCCGAGCUCCUGAAGGAAGGGACCAAGGAAGCGCAUGACCGGGCAGAAAACACCCAGUUUGUCAAGGACUUCUUGAAAGGCAACAUCAGGAAGGAGCUGUUUAAGCUGGCCACCACUGCACUGUACUUCACAUACUCGGCACUUGAGGAAGAGAUGGACCGGAACAAGGACCACCCGGCCUUUGCCCCCUUGUACUUCCCCUCGGAGCUGCACCGGAAGGCGGCGCUGAUCAAGGACAUGGAGUAUUUCUAUGGUGAGGACUGGGAGGAGCAGGUGCAGUGCUCCGAGGCCACCCGAAAGUACGUGGAGCGGAUCCACUGCGUGGGGCAGAAUGAACCAGAGCUGCUGGUGGCCCACGCCUACACCCGCUACAUGGGGGACCUCUCAGGGGGCCAGGUGCUGAAGAAGGUGGCCCAGCGGGCCCUGAAACUCCCCAGCACAGGGGAAGGGACCCAGUUCUACCUGUUUGAGAAUGUGGACAAUGCACAGCAGUUCAAGCAGUUCUACCGGGCCAGGAUGAACGCCCUGGACCUGAACCUGAAGACCAAAGAGAAGAUUGUGGAGGAGGCCAACAAGGCCUUCGAGUACAACAUGCAGAUAUUCAGUGAACUGGACCAGGCUGGCUCCUUGCUGGCCAAAGAGACCCUGGAGGACGGGCUCCCUGUGCACGAUGGGAAAGGAGAUGUGCGGAAAUGCCCCUACUACGCUGCUAAACAAGACAAAGGUGCCCUGGAGGGCAGCAGCUGCCCCUUCCGAACAGUCCUAGCUGUACUGAGCAAGCCCAGCCUCCAGUUCAUCCUGGCUGCCAGCAUGGCCCUGGCUGCCGGCCUCUUGGCCUGGUACUACAUGUGAAGGACCCACCACCCAUGCUGGCGCCCUCCUCCUGACCACUGGCCUGCCCUUACCUCCACCCACGACCAAACUACCACCUCAGGUGACUUUUUUUUAAUGCUGGGCUUGAGAAAACAAGCAGCCAAUAAAAGCCAGAUGCUAAAGCCUUUGCCUGUCAGCAUCCCAUCUGUGGGCCAAAUGCUGACCUGGGUGCAGGCCCACCCUCCCUGCAGCCCCCAGGCCACGGCAGCAGGAGCCACCAUUGCAGCUCAGCGGGCCAGCCUGGGCCUCUGGAACCAGCUCUGCUGCUGGGGCACCCACACCUCUGACCCCAAGGCUCUUUCCCUCUGCUCUUCCUCGUCAUGUUGGCAUUUAGGUGGGUAUCUUUCCCCUGUUGGGAGUGGAGUAGCUAGCAAGUUCAGGCUCCCAUAGCCCUGGGGUCAGGGGGGCUCCCUAGAUGUGGCUGCUCUUCUGCAGGACCUCUCCUGGGGGCAGGGGCCAGGAAGGGGGCAGAAGCCAGGCUUGCACCCUGCCUCAGAGGCCCUGCGAGCUCUGUCCUGGGUAGCCAGUCCUCAUGCCUCUCAAGCAGAAACCUGAGUGGGGUCUGUUUGCCCAUGGCCUGUCUUCUCUGACCUGUGGAAAUGCUACUGCACUCAAUAAAAUGGACUCUGACAGCU